ACUGUUUUAACGCUAAUUUGUUAUUUUGAGGCUCCUCCAUUUUCGUCGCAUUCUGCAGUUAGAUUCGGGAUCGAAAAGUCAGAUAAAUAUCAGUAAACACAACCACUGGACUCCCCCUAGUUUGUACAUUAGUUUCCUUACACACCAAGAUGCAGCGAAUGGGCCUUCUGGCCAUCUUGGCACUUUUCUGUGCCUGCGGCUUCGUUGCCGAUGCCACGCCCAUCGAGGGAGGCGGUAAGCUACUAGGAGCCAAGUCGUGCACCUGGGGCCCCUCGUACUGGUGCGACAAUUUCAGUAAUUCUCGAGAAUGCCAUGCCACCCGCCACUGUAUCAACGCAGUCUGGACAAAGCAGGAGGUGCCGGUGGAUACCGACUCCAUCUGCAAGAUAUGCAAAGACAUGGUCACCCAAGCCCGCGAUCAGCUGAAGAGCAACGAGACCGAAGAGGAGCUCAAGGAGGUCUUCGAGGGCUCCUGCAGGCUGAUCCCCAUCAAGCCCAUUACCAAGGAGUGCAUUAAGAUGGCCGAUGACUUCCUCCCCGAACUGGUCGAGGCCUUGGCUUCCCAAAUGAACCCUGAUCAAGUGUGCUCUGUGGCCGGACUUUGCAACAGCGCUUCCAUUGACGAAAAGCUGAAGAAGGCCUACCAAGAUGCCCUCGAGGGAAAACUAAGCGAGGACGAAGAAGACAGCUCAGAGGAGAACACCAAAGCGAUCGUCAAGCCCAACAAAGUUCUGUCCUGCAACGAUUGCAACUAUCUCUCCAGCAUAAUGCACUACAAGUUCGCUAACACCGAUCGUGAUGACAUGGUGGAGAACCUGCUGCAUAUGUGCGGAUACCUUUCGAGCUUCUCUGACGCCUGCGCCAACAUUGUGUUGACGUACUUCAACGACAUCUACGAUCAUGUGAGCCAGCACCUGGGAAGCGACGCCGUGUGCCAUGUGUCGGGAGUGUGCGCCGCCAGCAGGUACCACCAGCAUAACGAAGAGAAGCCGCCAGAGGCUGUGAUUGCUUUGGGCGCUGGCGAUGACAUUCCGUGCGAGCUCUGCGAGCAGCUGGUGAAGCACUUGCGCGAUGUUCUGGUGGCCAAUACGACCGAAACUGAGUUCAAGCAGGUGCUGGAGGGAUUCUGCAAGCAGUCCCGCGGCUUCAAGGACGAGUGCCUCGGCAUUGUGGACCAGUACUACGCCGUCAUCUACAACACCUUGGUGAACAAGCUGGAUGCCAACGGAGCCUGCUGUAUGAUUGGCAUUUGCCAGAAGCAGAGUUCUUCUUCGGAUAAAUUCGCUCCAAUUAUGCCUCUUCUGCCCGUGAUCGAGCCCGCCCAGGUCAAGGUUACCAUCGAAAAGCUGGAGAAACAUGAGAAGAAGAAGCUAGGCGCCAGUGAACCCAAGUUCAGCCAGCAGGAGAUUCUGGACAUGCAGCUGCCCAUUGAUCAUCUGAUGGGUGCCGCUAACCCCCUAGAGUUGGUUGAAGGCGGAGAGCUGUGCACCAUCUGCGAGUAUCUGCUGCACUUCAUCCAGGAGACUUUGGCCACUCCCGCCACCGACGACCAGAUCAAACAUACUGUGGAGACCGUUUGUGGCAAGCUUCCCAAUGGAGUGGCCGGACAGUGCCGCAACUUUGUAGAGAUGUAUGGCGAUGCCGUGAUUUCUUUGCUCAUCCAGGGCUUGAACCCCCGUGACGUGUGCCCCAAGUUGCAAAUGUGCCCGAAGAACGUCGAGAAGAAGGAGGACAUUGAAGUGUUCCACCCUGUGCCGGUCACCGACGAGCAGGACACGCCAACCUGCCCGCUGUGCCUAUUUGCUGUGGAGCAGGCCCAGAUCAAGAUCCGCGACAACAAGUCCAAGGACAAUAUUAAGAAGGUUCUGGCUGGCUUGUGCACCCAUCUGCCCGACAAGCUGAAGAACGAGUGCGUCGAUUUUGUGAACACCUACUCCAACGAACUGAUUGACAUGCUGAUCACCGACUUCAAGCCGCAGGAGAUUUGCGUGCAACUGAAACUCUGCCCCAAGUCAAAGGACACUCUGGCCGACCUGGGAAUCAGCCUGGAGGAUGAUGACAAGUCGAGCAGUGAGGAGAUCACCAACGACAUCGAGUCCCUCGGGGAGCUGCCCCUGCAGUUUGACUUCGACGACGGAUUCAACGCUGGACCCAACUGCCUGAUCUGCGAGGAGUUGGUGAAGGAACUGGAGAAGAAAAUGGGCAAGCACCCUACCAGAGACAGCAUCAAACAAAUCCUGGAGCAGUCGUGCGACAAGUUGAAGAAGCCAGUGGCUGGAAAGUGCCACAAGCUCAUUGAUAAGUACGGUGAUAAGAUCGCUGACCUGCUGCUUAAGGAGAUGAGCCCCAAACUGAUUUGCGCCGAGCUGGGUCUGUGCCUGGUGGCUCAUGAUCUCGACGACCUUGAAGUGGACGAGGCUCUGAAGUAUGACGUGAUUGCUCUUCCCCAGCAGGGCGACAAGCUGGCUCGUCUGGAAGCUUCCUCCCUUAAAGAGCCACCGACUUGCGUUUUGUGCGAGUUCGUCAUGACCAAGCUGGAAAACGACCUCAAGAACAAAACCGAGCAGGAUGAUAUCAAGCGGGCUAUCCUGGCCGUGUGCAAGAAGAUGCCUGGCACCGUUCGCAAGCAGUGUGACUCUUUUGUCGAGGGCUACGCCACUGCAGUGAUUGAUUUGCUGAGCAAGGUGCCGCCCAAGGAAGUGUGCCAGAAGCUGCAGCUCUGCUUCAGCAUGGCAAUCACCGACGAGGUCAUCGAGUGCGGCGUCUGUCAUGGAGCCACCCAGGUCCUCUUGCCGUUCCUGCGCGAACAGAAGGAGACGGUGACCACUCAGCAGAUGACUUCUGUGGGCUGCGAGAACUUGCCGGCCAAGUACUACAAGAUUUGCUCUGAGAUGAUCUCCAUCUAUGGAAAGAGCAUCAUCAAUCUGGCCUCGCGUGAUUAUGUAGAUCAGGGUCAUGUCUGCGCGGAAAUCGGCAAGUGCUUCGAGAGCGAGAAAUCUGCAUUGGCCUAUGCCAGACUUACAGUUUAAAAUCAUCCCGGAUGAUUCGUUGUGAUGUGGCAUGAGGAGGAGAAGUAGAAUGAGUAGCAAACGAAAAAAAAGAGGAGAUGGAAGAAUCGUCCCCAUGCUUUAUAUAUAUAUACUUUUACACAAUAUAUCUGUUUACAUUCUAUAACGAUUUACUGUAAAUGAACGACCAUUACUUACCUUUCUGUUCUGUUUCCGCACCCUGUUCUGGCUCUAAAUUUGUUAGGGGUAUUUGUGAUGAUAAAAUGAUUUUAUAAAGUGCUCUCGAACCGGGCUGAAAAAGUGAAACUUAACUGAGAAUAAAACUAAAACUAAGAUGUAACCUAAUCGUACUUUCAA